AUGAAGCUCCUCCUCACCGUGAUGAUCAUCGCCGUCGCCUUGGGCGUGAUCACCGAGGCCAAAUGCCCACCGCAUGUGUCAUGCCCUUGGCCGCUCAAGUCCUGCCAAGGUGAAGGUUGUUCCGGGUCGGCGCAAGACAAGCGCUUCCAGUUCAUCUACGCCAGCGAGGCUGCCAAGGUGAAGACUGUCGAAGACACCGAAGAGUAG